CACAAGUUAACAACAAACACACAUACACACGAACACACACAUACAUAUAUAUAGUUUUUUGCUUAAAAUUCCAAGCAGUUUAAUUUCGGUUAGAGCGAGGCAGUUAGUUGAGAGUUUUAGGCUUUGCUAGUGAUAUUUAGCAAGCAGUUUUAGUUGCGUCUAUAAGUAAACAAAAAACGAAAUGGAGAGCUAUUCGCCGGAUUUGCUAUGGAUGGUCGUUAUAGGCUUCCUUAUAGCCUUUGUGCUGGCCUUUGGCAUAGGCGCCAACGAUGUGGCCAACUCCUUCGGCACUAGCGUGGGCUCUGGCGUGCUAACCAUACGUCAGGCCUGCAUUUUGGCAACCAUUUGUGAAAUUUCUGGCGCUGUGCUAAUUGGCUACAAGGUCUCGGAUACGAUGCGCAAGGGCAUACUCGAAGUAAGCCUGUAUGAGGGCGCCGAGGAGGUGCUCAUGCUGGGCUGUGUGGCGGCAUUGGCUAGCAGCGCUGUUUGGCUGCUGGUUGCCACGUUUCUGAAGCUUCCCAUAUCGGGCACGCACAGCAUUGUGGGCUCCACCAUUGGUUUCUCGCUUGUGGCACGCGGUCUGCAGGGACUCAAGUGGUCUACGUUGGGCACCAUUGUGGGCUCUUGGUUCAUAUCGCCGGUGCUGAGCGGCGUGGUGAGCAUUCUGCUGUUUUUGGCUAUACGUCGUUUUAUAUUGCGCGCCCAGGAGCCGCUCAAGGCGGGCUUUCGCUCGCUGCCCAUUUUCUAUGGCGUUACGUUCUUCAUCAAUGUCAUCAGCGUCGUUAUGGAUGGACCCAAGUUGCUGUAUAUGGAUAACAUACCCACUUGGAUUGCUGUGAGCACCAGCAUGGGCUUGUCGCUGUUGGUGGCAUUGCUUACGCAACUGGUGGUGGUGCCGCUGCAGCGUCGCUCAAUUGCCAAGAAGCUGCGCGCUGAGCAGCCAGUCAAGUUUAAUUUUGAAGAUUCAGUGGAAUCGUCGCCGUCUGGCAGUCCGAAGAAGCAGCGCCGUCCACUCUCGCUGGUCAGCGAGGGUAAACCACUGCCGGCUAUAGCUGAGAUCACUGAGCUGGUCUCAAUUAGCGACAACUCGCCCAGAACCUUUAAGCUGGCGCCGUUUGGGCUUGCUGGCAAGAACAACAAUGCUAACGUGGAGGAUUACAAAAUCAAUCCGGAGCUCAUACGCAAGGCUGAGGAUCUGUUGGGCAAGGCCAGUUUGGAUAACACCGAUUUGACGGUGACAAGCCUGAACUACAUCGAUGAGCAGCAGCUGCAGCAAACUGGACGCAAGCUGCAGGAAUGUUUCAAGCGUGUGCAGUCGCCCAAGGAGGAGCACAAGCCAAAGGAAGCGGCAGCUGCAGCUGGUAGUGGUACCAACAACAAUCUGCAGGUGGUGGAGAGUGCAGCCAGCUUGGAACUAAUGCUCAACAAUACGCUAUCGCCCAACUCCAGCAAGGUGCCGCUGAUUGAGAGCAAAGAGGCGCUGCAUGAGCAGGAUGAGGAGUACAAGCGCCAAGCCGAGCAUCGCACAAGCAGCGGCGAAGAAACUCAGGAGAUAUCCAUGCUGUUUUCGUUCUUGCAAAUCCUAACGGCCACCUUUGGCAGCUUUGCGCACGGCGGCAACGAUGUGAGCAACGCCAUUGGACCACUGAUUGCGCUCUAUAUGAUCUAUCGCGAGGGCUCGGUUAUGCAGCAGGCGGAGAGUCCCAUUUAUAUUUUGAUCUAUGGUGGCAUUGGCAUCUCUGUGGGCCUGUGGCUUUGGGGACGACGCGUGAUUGAAACGAUUGGCAACGAUCUAACAAAGAUUACCUCAUCGACUGGCUUUACAAUUGAAGUUGGUGCCGCCAUUACCGUUCUGCUGGCCAGCAAAAUUGGUUUGCCCAUUUCGACGACGCACUGCAAAGUCGGUUCGGUGGUAUUUGUGGGUCAUGUCAGCGCUGCGGGACGCAAACAGAAGCGACAGCAAGCACAGCCGGAGGAGCAGGAGCAGACUGCUGCUGCAGUCAUGGAGGAUGGCAGCGUCGAUUGGCAUUUGUUUCGAAAUAUUGCCUAUGCCUGGAUUGUGACCGUGCCCGUGACCGCCUUGCUCAGUGCUGGGAUGAUGUAUGUGCUCUGCGCCAUUGUAGUGGAUGAUAUGUCAGGGCAGGGUGCGGAUCAGCUGGUGCAGCUGCAGCAUAAUUAUUCAAUUAUUAAUAAUAAUACUUCGUAAUUGUAACCAGUUGACAAACGCAAAACUUAAGACAAAAACUAAAAUCGAGAAAAAAACAAAAAUUUAAACAUAACAAAAAUUACUCACCUAACUAAUCAAAAGUAAUGGAAAAAAGUAAAGGAAAAAAAAAAAAGUUUUACUUAAUGUCUAGAUUGUCUGAGCCUAACUGAUAUUCAUAUUGUUUAUAUAUGUAAACAUAUACACAAACAUACACACACACACACACACGUGCAGCAUUUCUUUUAUAAUUGUAAAAUAUGUUUCUUACUGUUUAGUUUCGAAAAAUGUUCAAAAGUGCAGCGCAUUCCUUUUUUACAAUAACAAAUAAUUUGCUGUGCAAUUUGUUUUAAUUACAAACAUUUGUUUAGGCCAAGCUGCAUAGA